UGAAACACUACUGCUCACUGUCCUAGCCAAGGCCUACAUGGAGGACCUACCUCCUGUUGAUGUUCUGGAGACUCUGAAAAGUCGCCCAGCAUUCCUGUCUGAGUGUCCAAAGCCUGAAGGAUUGACAGGAUCGGAGCGAUUGACAGUUGCAGGAGAUGGUUUGGAACAACAGGAUCUGAACACACUUGAAGGAAAUGAAUGGCUGAAUGACAAGGCGCUCAACAGUUACGCGAAGCUCCUAGCAAGAGAAGCAACUGACUCAUCCGAACCCAGUGCGAAAAGGAUGUUUGUGAUCCCCUCGUAUACAGCAGUGUUAUGGGAUGCUGGAAUGUAUGAUAGAUACAUGUAUACAAAGGUUGAUUUUACCCAGUUUGACUUUGUGGUAGUUCCAUGGAACAAAAAUGGCAACCACUGGGUAGUUCUUGUGGCUCGGCCUAAAGAUUUGACUGUGGCAGUUUAUGACUCCCUUGGUGCAGACAACCGUCCUCUCAUUGACAGAUUCUGCAAUUUUAUGAGUGAAAGGUUGAAGAUAGUCAAUGAUGGCCUUCAGCAUUGGGAACCAGUUUCUUCCACAACAAAUCAACAAACUGAUGGCUCGAGUUGUGGGUUGUUUGUUUUGAUGACUCUUGAGUGCCUUGUCAAAGGAAAGGCAUCAUGGAUCCUGCGCCAAGUGCAUGUGCCAUUGUUCAGACGUUACAUCACUGACAGGUUACUAUUUAAAGGUCAAAGAAACACAUACCUGUGUGAUUCUUUCUGGUGCAAGGACCCUAAAGGUAGAAAAGUAAAAUGGGUUCAGUGUGAUGUAUGUUACCGCUGGUGGCACAGAACAUGUUGCUCAAAGCCAGAUGUGACAAUCACCAACAACAAUCAAUUCCAGUGUGAAGUCUGUGAUGCGCAGUAUGGGUAAUAUAAAAAAGUGACAAGAAAUUUGUGAUAGUGAUGGGGAUAAAGAGUGUUGUAUUGUGUAGAAAAUGUGUAACAGUG